GAGAAAUAAAAGGCCCUGAAAUCCAGCUGGCCAUGUUGGCAUCUGUAAUGAAAAGUCCCACAGGCCUGAUUGAAAUCUUGGUAUUAAACAAGAGUUUGGAGGCAACCCAUAGGAUUUAUUAGCCUUCUAAUUUUCAUAAUUGAUGUUGGCUGCAUUGUCACUGGAAAAAAUAGAAUGGGAGAGUUCUGGGGUGGUAUCAAGGAACUUAGGUUUGCAUCCGGAGGCCUCGUAGCUAGCAUGCAGCCACAGGCUUCCUCCACUACCCACCUUAAUUAGGCCUGAUGUCACAGUCAGAUCACCCAGGCCUCUGAUGUUUCUGCAUCCUUUGCUUCUUCCCCCAAGGUCAUGAAACGAGUGCGCACCGAGCAGAUUCAGAUGGCAGUGUCCUGCUACCUCAAACGCCGGCAGUAUGUGGACUCAGAUGGACCCCUGAAGCAAGGUCUGCGACUGUCACAGACUGCUGAGGAGAUGGCAGCCAAUCUCACAGUCCAGUCAGAAUCUGGUUGUGCCAACAUCGUGUCUGCAGCCCCAUGUCAGGCAGAACCCCAGCAAUAUGAAGUACAGUUUGGACGACUGCGGAGUUUCCUCACUGAUUCUGAUUCCCAGCAUAGCCACGAAGUGAUGCCUCUCCUCUAUCCUCUCUUUGUCUACCUCCAUCUCAACUUGGUCCAGAAUAGUCCGAAGAGCACAGUGGAAAGUUUUUACAGCCGCUUCCAUGGAAUGUUUCUGCAGAAUGCUAGCCAGAAGGAUGUCAUCGAGCAGCUACAGACCACUCAGACCAUCCAGGACAUCCUGUCUAACUUCAAGCUUCGAGCAUUCCUAGAUAACAAGUACGUGGUCCGUCUCCAAGAAGACAGCUACAACUACCUUAUCCGCUACCUCCAAAGUGACAACAAUACUGCCCUGUGCAAAGUCCUCACCUUACAUAUUCAUCUUGAUGUGCAGCCUGCCAAGAGAACAGACUACCAGCUGUAUGCCAGCGGCAGCUCCUCCCGCAGUGAGAGCAACGGCUUAGAGCCUCCCGACAUGCCCAGCCCUCUUCUGCAGAAUGAGGCUGCCCUGGAGGUCUUGCAGGAGAGCAUCAAGCGUGUCAAGGAUGGGCCUCCCUCCCUCACCACCAUCUGCUUCUAUGCCUUCUAUAACACAGAACAGCUGUUGAACACUGCAGAGAUCUCCCCCGAUAGCAAGCUGCUUGCAGCUGGGUUUGACAACUCGUGUAUAAAACUUUGGAGUUUACGGUCCAAGAAGUUAAAAUCAGAGCCCCAUCAAGUAGACGUGUCCCGCAUCCAUUUGGCUUGUGAUAUUCUGGAGGAGGAGGAUGAGGAGGAGGAUAACGCAGGCACAGAGAUGAAGAUACUGCGGGGGCACUGUGGACCAGUAUACAGCACAAGGUUCCUCGCAGACAGCUCAGGGUUGCUCUCUUGUUCCGAAGACAUGUCCAUCAGAUACUGGGACCUGGGGAGUUUCACCAACACUGUGUUGUACCAAGGACAUGCCUAUCCCGUGUGGGACCUGGACAUCAGCCCAUAUAGCCUGUACUUUGCCAGCGGGUCCCAUGACCGCACCGCCAGGCUGUGGUCCUUUGAUCGGACGUACCCGCUGAGGAUAUAUGCGGGACACCUGGCAGAUGUCGACUGUGUCAAGUUUCAUCCCAAUUCCAACUACCUAGCUACGGGCUCGACCGACAAGACUGUCCGGCUGUGGAGCGCCCAGCAGGGAAACUCGGUGAGGCUCUUCACAGGCCACCGUGGCCCUGUGCUUUCUCUGGCCUUUUCCCCCAACGGUAAGUACUUGGCAUCUGCUGGCGAGGACCAGCGGCUGAAGCUGUGGGACCUGGCCUCCGGGACCCUCUAUAAAGAGCUGAGGGGCCACACAGACAACGUCACCAGCCUCACCUUCAGUCCGGACAGCGGCCUUAUCGCCUCUGCCUCCAUGGACAAUUCAGUGCGUGUGUGGGACAUCAGGAACACUUACUGCAGCACACCUGCUGAUGGCUCUUCCAGCGAGCUUGUGGGCGUGUACACCGGGCAGAUGAGCAAUGUCCUGAGCGUGCAGUUCAUGGCCUGUAACCUCCUGCUGGUGACGGGAAUUGCACAAGAAAACCAGGAACAUUGAUUGUGUGUCUUUGUUGGGUGGGCCUGGGCAGUGGCGGAAAGCCUCGGGCCACCGUCCUUCGGUGGGCUGAGAGAGUCCCGGACUGGCUGUGAACGAGCCCCCUCCGCCCCUCUCUCCGGCCUCAUCGCGGCGGGUCUGCCUUCACUCAGCUCCCCCAGCGGCGAAGGGAGGGAGGCGAAGCGGUGGCGCGUGGACAUGUGACCUGGGACUCUAGGGUGUUUCGGAGGUCACUCGCAGUUUCUCACCAAGACCCUGCGGUGCCCGCAUGUCGCACAGCCCUUCCUGUCUCUGUCUCACGUCUCCCAGCUACCCGGGCUGAGUUUGGUUAAGAGUGGUUGCAGAGAACUCUGGGGAGGAGGGGUGUGGCCAGGGUCGUGGGUGGGCCAGCCCUGGGGGGAAGGGGAGUCCUUGCUGGUGGAGGAUACUGGGUGGGAAUAGGAAAGGGGAGGGAAUGAUCCUGGCAAAAAGUCUUUCCUUUUCCCUAAUUAAAGAGAACCAGGAUUUUUUAUUAUUGUUAUUAUAAUUAUUAUUAUUAUUAUUGAGAAGAGGAAACCUAGCACUGGCAGAGGGGACCUUCUCUGCUUUUAUCUUUCAGGUUUGACUCCUGGCACUGGCUUUGAUACUUGGAAUUUUGAGGAUCAGGGAAUUCAGAGAAUUUGGUAGCACAGUGUAUUGGGAGAAAGGGAAAUUUCGGGUGAUAGAUUGAUCACCCCAAUUGACAUGUUUCUGGAAGUGGGCGGGCAGGGUUAAAUGAGGACCUUUUGGGCUCUUGCAGUGAUGGUGGGAAAGAAACAUUCUUUUCAUGGCUGCACUUCUGUUAAUAAUUCUUUCCCCUCAAAGAAAGAUUGUGAUAAAGAAUAAUUUGGAGUAAAAAGUCACAAGAUAGAAUUAGAAAGAUGUGGACUUGGCGAAUGGCCAUUCAGAGGUGUCGCUUUCCCCACGUCGGCUGCUCCUGCGGCGAUGGCACCCACCUGCACUUCAGUGCAGCCAAGUGAGCAUUCUGUGAAGUGCAGCAUGCGCAUGCACGCAGCUCAAUCUGUGCUCUGAGGAGGGGCAAGCUCCAGUUUGUGGGAGAAGAGUUAAAUAUUUGUUUCCUGAACAGAGUUAUUUUGUAUUUUUGUUUUCUAUUAAAAUGCAUUUAGUUUCAAAAAAA